CUCGUGGAAGAUUUCCCUUCGAUACCCUACGAUCAUAUCUUCACCACCUUUCAAACUCGAAACAAUUUCUACGCUCCGGCAUUCCUACAGUUGCACGCGGAGAUGCAGCAGGGUCCCCCGUUUCCAUUCGAGCCGAAAGCGGUCGGCGGAGAAAAUGCGGCGGAUGGGAACAGCAAGGGAAAGGGCAAGGAGAGGCUGCUCACCGACGAGGCGUUUGAGCGUGAGAGGCGGUGGGUAAAGGAAAAGUUGGGGAAAGACUCGACGACAGCGGUCAUGGACAGGGUAGUAGACAGGGACACCGCGGAGGUUCUCCAGACUGAUGAAGCGACCAUUGAAUGUCAAUGUUGCUUCACGGACUACCCAUUCACGCAAAUGAUACAAUGUCCCGAUGCGCACCUGUUUUGCAAGGAAUGUAUGACGACGUAUUCCUCGACUCUUCUCGGCGCGCACGACUGCAAUAUCGUGUGCAUGGAACAAGGCGGCUGCAAACUGGCGUUCACAGAAUCCGAGCUGAGGCGAUUCCUGACGCCGAAGUUGUUGGAGUUGUACGAGCGUGUGAGGCAGCGCAAGGAGAUCGAGGCCGCCGGGCUCGACAACCUCGAAGAGUGCCCGUUCUGCGAGUACAAGGUGGUCAUCGACAACCCAGAGGAGAAGCUGUUCCGAUGCGAGCGGGAGGAGUGCGGCGCGGUCAGUUGCCGCGGAUGCAAGAAGCUCGAUCACUUGCCGAAGAGUUGCAAGGAGGUCGAGGAGGACAAGAAGCUCGACGCGCAACAUCAUGUGGAGGAGGCCAUGACCAAGGCGCUCAUGCGAAACUGCCCGAAGUGUACGAAACCCUUUAUCAAGGAGGGCGGGUGCAACAAGAUGUCUUGUCCAAACUGCCGCACGUUAUCCUGCUACAUAUGCAGACAAAUCAUCAAUGGAUAUGACCAUUUCCAUGAGGUGGGUUUUGCGAUAGUUGACCCCGUUCUUGAUCCUUGCCAUUAUAUUGGGCUUUCGACGAGAACCUCCUUGCCUGUUCGCCUAGCGAGAGCUCGAUCUUACACCAUCAUUCUAUCUUCUCGCCCUCUUGCUGCACUGCAUAGUUCUCUCCAUCCGCUCAUGUGUUUAGUGUACUUACGCUUAUUCUUCGCAUCAGCGAGGCAAUACCAAGGGCCAAUGCACUUUGUGGGACCCCAACCAAAACGUCGAACUCAGGCAUAA